AUGAAGUGCAGUUAGUUUCUUUCUUUCCACCAUACGAACCGACGUUCAUCACACGAGUAGCCGCAUAAAACUGUAUCCCAAUUUCCACGAUUCCUUCCUAGUAAUUUUUUUAAUAAAAUAUAUAAACAUUUACGUUACAUUCCAGGAGUAGUUGCGUGAAGGUGUAUCCAUAUACCGUGGUAUGUGACAGAUUGACCGUACUGGAGACUGAAGUGUUUGUAACCAAACGUCUCCUUGUAGCAAAGGCCUCUGAAUCUGGGACUGUUAUGAAGACGACUUUAACUGUUGUGUAAUUCUGUAAGGAUGUGCUAUGAUGAUGAUGAUGAUGAUGACGAUGAUUGAGGAGGAAGAACAAACAGAGCGAAAACAAUACAAACACGGAGCAUUUCCACUGCGGUCGGCUCUCGGCUUCCUGUCGCUCAGCGUGGAGUGAAUGUGACGCGACGUGUUCCGACACACAGUGACGUCGAAGGGAAGGGAGGACGAGGUGAACGACACGUGUCGUUGACGGAGGGAGGUGUGCGCAAACGGAGGGAAGUGGCCGCACGAUCCCUGCGCUCGUUACGCCUCGUCGCUCAUCGUUACGCCUCCGCUCCCUCCGCCGGCGGACCCCGUCCCGCUCGGGCUCUUCCGUCGGCCCUCGUGCGGCCCUGGGCGACCCCCGCGGCCGACGGAACGGAAAACGGUUCGGCGAGGGCCCCGCUGGCGCUUCCGCUCGUCCUCCGCGGAUUUGCCGCCAUUAAUUAAUUUUUCUUUAUCCUUUUUUAUAGCUGGGACGAAGCGCCGUAAUUACCGCGUUCGAGUGCGGUACCGCGCGUGGCCCCCCGGGGCCGAACCGGAGCUGUUGGGUUCCGUCACGAUUUAGGGGCUUCGCUAUUCCCGUCGUGAUCGGCGGCGUGCGAUACGCGAUACGCGUCUUGUACCGUGUCUUUACCUUCCUGGCUCAUGUGGGCCGUGAGCAAAGUGAUACCAACGUGGUGCAGGGCAGGGUUUGAAUCCCCACCCCGCGCCCGCUCCCAGCGUCGGCUCCCAGCGUCGGCUCCAGGUGCCGCAGCGCAGCAGACGGCGGCUGGCGGACCGCGGGCUUCUGCGGGCGCGAAGGCACAGAUGGGGGUCCGGCCUUCGGCUCCGCCGUGUCUCGCGGGGACAUCUGUUCCAUUCAAAGAGCUGCGCUCGCCUUCGUGGGGGCGGGGGGGCAGCAGCCAGAAGAAAGGGACCUAAUGCUGCACCCUGACCCUCCAACCCCCACCCGAGCACGUGGCGUCGGAGCAGCUGGCGUGGGGUGUCGUGCUGCUCCUCUAAAACCGACACCGGCGUAACUCUGUACACGCGAGUUUUUAUUGUUUCGUCGUUCAUACGAGCGUCUGCGAACCAGAGGGCGGCCGACGCCGUCCACACGCUGCCUUUCGUCGCUGACCCCACGCGGUCCGUUCUCGUCCGCAGGGAGUAUGGACACGCACUCACGCACGCGCACUUAAGUUUGUCCGAACAGCGGCGUUUCACCACUCGAUGUUGGCCGCCCUUCAGAAAGGGAACUUGCUGAUGAAAAUAUCGCUGGGCUCUCGUGUAAAUGAAGAGAAGACAAACCGGGAGCAACACUUUUGUUUCCAUUUUGGUAAUUCGGCAAUUGCGUCAUAGUUCCGUUUCCGUCUGUAGCCGUUCCCUGCCUUCAGAGUCACUCGAGAUGACGGCGUGACGGGUUCGGCGCCUCGUUCUCCUCGCCGAAUGGCUCCCUCCCGUGGAGGACGUGGAAACGGCCCGCGGGCGUUUGACGGCGGUUCGUCCGCGGAAGCGUGAGCUGGAAGGACAAGGUGUGCGUCGCGUGGCGGCGGACGGAGCCUCCGAAUUCACGAAACGUUUCCGGAACUUUCUGCGGGGGACCGUUGCCGAGAGCGCUGCGGGAGCGUUCUCGACCUCACGAACUUCCGUCCAGCUGAAGUCCAGCUGCGUCCCUAUUUUACUGCUCCUUGGCAGCAUCCCCGAGUUCUGCCGGACUCGUCUGACGCUCUUCCGAUGACCAGUUCAGGCCCAUUAACCGUGUCUCCGUCCUGUCUCCGUCCCUGUCCUGUCCCAUCCCUGUCCCUUCCCUGUCCCAUCCCUGUCCCGUCUGUGUUCUGAAACCUCACGAGGUCCGAGUGGAGUGUCGGUGUCAGUGUACGUGGCUUAACGCUCCAAGUGUCUUUGGAGGAAAACGACAGACAGAUGAAGGAAUGUGGCCGCGUGAACAAGGUGCUGAGCGCAGGAAAGAAGGAAACUGGUUCUGGGUAAAAGAUCCUCACGUGAUCAUCGGAGGCAAGAAGGGAGGUGUCCAACAAGUGGUCUCCGCUGCGAGGGACGUGGCUCCGAGCUCCACCGGGGAGCCCGUCCUGUGCCCUCCCGCACACCUUCUCCGUCGCCCCGAACCUUUCUUUCGUUUUCCUCCGGGAAUAAGAGGGCGAACGCGUGAACGCGGCCCUUAUCCUGCACACGCGUCUCGUGUUUCUGCUCUCUCUCUCGCUCCUCCCAGCGCAGGCCAGCGCAGGCCAGCGCAGGGGACAGGAAGUGCCGAACGUGCGCGAGGAAUUCCUCCGGCGCCCGUCUGAGCGCGGGGCCCGGGCAGGCGUUCGGGGGAGGGCCGGCCGCCUGGGCGGGACCUCACCGGCUGGGGAAGGAGUGGGAGGAGAUGCGGCAGUUUUCCUUCGUGCUAUUCUUGGCCGCAGCGCCGGAGCUCUGGGAGCCUCCGCCUUCGCUUCGUGUGGAAUGGAUGCCAUCAUACUGCAGGAGAAGCUGGUCGAGCGUCUCCUGUCUCCCAGAAUGAGGUCGGCCAGAGUGAAGGAGAAGCAGUACGUGGGCUUCGCCACCCUCCCCAACCAGGUGCACAGGAAGUCGGUGAAGAAGGGCUUCGAUUUCACCCUCAUGGUGGCAGGGGAAUCCGGCCUGGGGAAGUCCACUCUUGUGAACAGCCUGUUCCUCACGGACCUCUACAAGGAUAGAAAGCUCCUGAACGCUGAGGAGCGCAUCAACCAAACAGUGGAGAUCAUCAAACACACGGUGGACAUUGAGGAGAAGGGUGUGAAGCUAAAACUGACCAUCGUGGACACGCCCGGCUUUGGGGAUGCCGUCAACAACAACGAGUGCUGGAAGCCGAUCACCGACUACAUCGACCAGCAGUUUGAACAGUACUUCCGCGACGAGAGCGGCCUCAACCGGAAGAACAUCCAGGACAACCGUGUGCAUUGCUGUCUCUACUUCAUCCCACCAUUCGGACACGGGCUGCGGCCGGUCGACGUGGAGUUCAUGAAGGCCCUGCACGAGAAGGUCAACGUGGUGCCGCUCAUUGCGAAGGCGGACUGCCUGAUGCCUGUCGAAGUGAAAAAGCUCAAGGACAGGAUACGAGAAGAGAUUGACAAAUUUGGGAUUAAGGUCUACCAGUUCCCUGACUGUGACUCCGAUGAAGAUGACGAGUUUAAGCAGCAGGACAAAGAGCUGAAGGAAAGCACGCCGUUCGCUGUGAUCGGGAGCAACACAGUGGUUGAGGCCAAAGGACAGCGUGUGCGAGGGCGUCUUUACCCCUGGGGCAUCGUGGAAGUGGAGAACCAGUCCCACUGCGACUUUGUAAAGCUGCGCAACAUGCUGAUCCGAACACAUAUGCACGACCUGAAGGACGUCACAUGUGAUGUCCACUAUGAGAACUACAGGGCACAGUGCAUACAGCAGAUGACCAGCAAACUAACCCAGGAGAAUCGCAUGGACAGCCCCAUCCCCAUUUUGCCCCUGCCAACCCCAGAUGUCGAGACGGAGAAGCUGAUCAAGAUGAAAGAUGAGGAGCUGAAGCGGAUGCAGGAGAUGAUCCAGAAGAUGCAGCAGCAGAUGCACGAGCAGGACUAGCGAUUCUUUUUCUUUAGCUCUCAAAAUCUGGUCAGAACCAGAACGGCAGAGGAGAGCCCAGGAAACAACAACCUACCAACUGGCAUUUCAGUUUUACCCUUAUCAUUAUUACUGUAUUAUUAUUAUUAUUAUUAUCAUAUAGAGCGGCCUCUGAAAUCAGUGGCACCCAUGAUAAAGAUGAACAAAAAAGCAGUAUCAAGUAAGUGGUUCACAUAAACAGCUGUGUCGACAUGAAAAAGAGUAAAACGUUAGCUGUCCAUCUGCACUGUUUAUUUUAUACUGCUUUUUCGUCCAUCAUUUCAAAGGCCGCCGGAUAAAGAAAAUAAAUGCCUGCAAAAACAUAUAUUGUACAUACAGCUUCCUAGAUCUGUUUCUGGAGCAGGGUGAGUGGGCACUGGAAUAGCGUGCUAUGUGCUGGUGUCGGUGGUACUGUACUAUGCAGCGGCAUGAUUUGUGUGUGGUGCUUAGGGGUCCACGUCAGCCAAGAAAAAACUAAGUGGAUUGACCACUUUUUUUUCUAAAACCAUACGUCAUGUCUGUCUUAAAAUUAUUCAGAACAUUAACAGUAGAAACAUGGUGUGAUAUUUAAAUGACAGUAUUUAUAAAUAUUUUUUUUAAACAGCAUUCAUGCAGUGGAAGCACACAGGCUUUGUCUCAGUGCAGUUGUGGCAUUGUGCUGUAUGUCUGUCCGGGUGAUGGUCAGCGAGGGAAUUCGGAGAGCGCUGCUUCCCCUGGCAGCGAAGGGAACAAGCCUGACACAGACACCGGAUGUCUGCGUACAUCUGAGAGCAAAAAUACUUCCUUUCCUCUACGCAGACGACAUACAUUGUUCGACAUGACCGAAGCUGCCUCCGCUUCUAAGAUUUGAAAGAAACAAGUUUUGUUCAAUGGUAAUAAUGAUGAUGAUGAUAAUUUGAUCUUGUUUCAGCCUAGCUAAUUGCUUUUAGAUUACGAUUUAAAUGAACAUAAUGUUUUUUCCUAUGCUCCACUCUCACAAAAAUCCAUAUUCAGGCUUCACUCGUAUAACAAGUGCUCCUUUUGCAAAAGUUCAGACUUGGGAACAAAUGUAAUUUGUAUUGUAAAAUUGAUUUAACAAGCCUUAGUGAUGCUGAGCAUCAUACGAAGUGAGAAGCCCCCCCAACACAACAUCUCCAUCUGUCUCACCUUCUUGUGCCUGUCGGCAAGCCCCUUGAAAUUUUCAAUAUCCGUAAUACUAAUGGGCUCUUCAUUAAAGCUAUUUUGCUUUAAUUGCUAAAAGUUGAAAAGGCAAAGGAAAGGCUUACCUAUCAAUUUAAAACUCACGGUAAUACAAUGUAUAUAUUCCUCCGGAAUGACAAUAUUAUCACAAAUGACUGUAUAAUCUGAGGGGUUACAAGUGGGUUGCAACAAGAAAUUUACAGUAUAUUUCAGCGUUUAAAAAUUACAGUGAAAUAAAACAAAAAGUAUUUAAAAAAUAAAAAGCAUAAAAGAAGAACAAAAUGCUUCCGUGAUAACUUUGUAUAACGCAGAGUCACAGCAGAAGCAUAGAUAAUAAGGCAGGGCAGUGGUGCGCGCGCACACACACACACACACACACACACACACACACACACACACACACACACAAAGUACAAGCAAUUUAAAAUCAACUCAAAAUCAUGUGUGGACUGUGUAAGGAAAGCAGACCACCAGGAGGAAGCCCAAGUUUAAGCUCAGAUCCAAGGAACUGUGAGGCACUUACUGCACCACAGAGUUGCCAAAGAGAACAACAGAAUUAAACAACAAAAAUAGAAGUAUUUAAGUAACCGAUGAAGGAAAAGGAGGAAACUGGGUAGAAAAAGGAGCAUGCAAAUGUGUUUUGCAUAAGCAAUUUUGAAUGUGGCGAUUUUAAGCCUGGAUUUAAAGUUGUCCAGAGAAGUUCUGAUAUUUUGAACUUGGUUCUCAGUGAAAUAUUUUUCAGUUUUUUAAUUUUAAAAAAAAAAAAAAAAAAAAAAAAAAAAA